AGCUGAGAUGGACGUCGUGGAUCAAGCAGCUAAACCUCCAUCGCCAUCUCCGUCGUCUCAUAAUUUUAGCUCGGAAGACGAGGAGCUCCAAGAGAACUCGAAGAAUAGCUCUCCACGUGGAUCAAUCAGAUCUCUAGCUUCCGUUUCUGACUCUGAGGAUGGGGACAAUAAUUGGUAUUACCUGCCGGAUCCCAUUCUGCUGAGUGUCUUCCAACUUUUGACUCCAAGAGAAGUCGUUACUGCCGGGGAGGUCUGUAAAUCGUGGAAUCGAGUGUCACAGGAUGAACUUCUCUGGAAGGAAUUGUUUUAUAGGACGUAUAAAAUCGAAACGAGUGUUGGUAUAAUGCCAGGUAAAACCUCGUGGCUUGGAGAAUUCAAAAGAUUGACAUAUCACACUCCGCUAUUAGAAACCGAAGUUCUUAGGGAACAUUCUCAUCAGGUUCUACAUGUCAGCUUCUCCCAUAAUGGAAAAAUGUUUGCCACCUGCUCCAAGGACGGUUAUGUCUUGGUAUGGGAUAGUACAUAUCCAGUCACGAUCAAAUACCAGCACGAUAUGAGAUUGUUCAGUUGGAAAUACACGCAAUUUUCUCAAUUCAAUUCUUCUGAUACAUUACUGUUGGUCUCUGGAGUCCAUUUUGGUACUUCGCACAGCACUUCUGGAGAAAUUGCAGUAUUCAGAUUGGCACCUGGCUUCGAUCUUCAAUGUAGAGUAGUUAAUAAGCCUUACGACAUAUUUGGCACAUGGUACAGUGAACGUCACUUAUUGAGCGGUGAUUUACACUGGCUUGCCCACCUAGUCAGCUCUAGCGUACUUUGGCUCAAUAAGGCUAACCAGGAAUCGGCGAGCGAACACGUGCCCAUCAUGAAUCAACUUUAUAGAUUCUACAACUCUAAUGCAGCAUCAAUCCGCGCAGUGAUGGUAGCCAACUGCCUUUGCCCUGAGCCCACAGAAACCGAACAGCAAGAAAAUCAACAAUCGACUUCCACUGAAAAAGAAGAACGAGGAAAUCCUCCAAGCCACCGAGACAUUUCUGCCUCUUCCAGUAACACCCAAACCAACCAAGUGACCGAAAUCCUUCAUCACGCGUCCUCCAGACUGAUGUACAGCACUCUGGAAGGCGGUUUCAUGAACUGGAAACGUUUAGGUGACGGUUUUGAAUACGCGAGUCCAAUAAGAUACAACCAGGAGUACAGACAGGUGGAGAUGGAGAAAGAAACAAUGGACAGUGACAGUGAGUUCGAGAAUCAGUGGGAGGAUGAUGAAGAGGCAUCGACGUCCUCUGAGACCGCUGAAGACGGUGACUCAGAUGAUUUGGCGGAUAAUCCAGAAAAAUUUCUCAUUUUUACAACUGGGUCGAAAACUUAUACGCCUCAUCAAGUGGGAUUCAAGAGGAUGAAAGCUGUGAAUUUCCCGAGACGACUGGAUCCUGGACCCUCUCUUAGAGAACGUUUAGCUGAACGAGAAAGAGAACGAGAGAGACAAAAUUCUGGUUCUUCAAGGCCUGAGCCUAAUUGGCUGGAUUAUGAUUCAGUGGCUGAAAAAUUCGAUAAAGUUGAUCAUUUAAUUGAUUUACAUGGACAUAUUAUAGGCAUGGGGCUGUCACCAGAUCACAGGUAUCUCUACGUAAACACGAGGCCUUGGCCAAGAGGAUAUGUCAUCACGAAUCCCCUACAGCCUCCACCUAUUGCUCAAGAAAUAGAUAUUCAUGUGAUUGAUCUUGUGACCCUGAAACAAGUUGGUACAAUGCUGAGAGCACAUAAAGCUUAUACACCUAAUAAUGAGUGUUUCUUCAUUUUUCUGGACGUUUGCGAUGAAUAUGUAGCCAGUGGAGCUGAAGAUAAACAUGGAUAUCUCUGGGACAGACAUUAUGGAGUUUGUUUAGCAAAAUUUCCUCAUUCAGAUGUGGUUAAUGCAGUUGCAUUUAAUCCUAGGGAUUCAGAAAUGCUCGUGACCACCAGUGAUGAUUACGAUGUAAAAGUGUGGCGCAGUCGAGCUACAGUGAAAGCUCUAGGGCUCGAUGAAAAUGCAUUCAGGCGAGGAAUGGAGGUACGAAAGAGACGUAGGUACCAUCGGAGCAAUUGCAGUGUUGACUGAUUGUGUGAAAAGUGUAGACUGAAUGUCAAGUGCCGUGUAGAUAAAAAAGCCAAUAAUUAUCAAUCUCAAAACUUCAUUGUUUCUCGGCUUUUUAAAUUACACUCCUCAUGCUGAAUCAAAUCUCUCGAGUGAUUGAUGAAUGUUCCAUGGUAUAUCUCGCUAUGAAUACAUCUUGUGAACAACAUAAGACAGCUGUGCAAUGGGUGUUGAUUUUCUUAAAGUGAUUCAUUUCAUUUUUUGGAUGUAUUUAUUACGUGCUACAUUGAAUUUUGGUUUUCUAAAUACCAUUUUGUAAAUAGAUGUUAACAAUGAGUGAUCGAAUAUUUGAUUAGCACGUAAAAACUCAUUUUUAUUCCUUUUCAGAAAUGCAGAGUUGCAUAAACAAUUUUAAUUACAGAAAACGUUAACAAUUGAUGAUUUCUUUGCAGCAUUUGAGCUACUCGUGAUGUUAAAUUUAAAUAGAGCACAAAAAUAUAUUGUUUAAGAACA